GUGUUGCAGCUGUAUAUUUAGGGCAAUAUAAAAAUCAAAGAUGAGUGCUGAUAAUGAGCAACUACGAUUCCACUGUCUUGGUGGUGGUAAUGAGGUUGGACGCUCCUGCCACAUUUUAGAGUACAAGGAUAAAGUUGUCAUGCUAGACGCAGGGGUUCAUCCUGCCUAUUCAGGAUUGGAAUCUUUGCCAUUCUACGAUGAUUUUGACUUGUCAAGAGUUGAUAUUCUAUUAAUCAGUCAUUUUCAUUUAGAUCAUGCUGCUUCUUUGCCUUAUGUCAUGCAACACACAAAUUUUAAAGGAAGAGUUUUCAUGACGUAUCCUACCAAGGCAAUUUACAAGUGGUUAUUGAACGAUUUUGUCCGUGUCACCAAUCUUUCAGAAAAUGUAGGAGACGGUAGUGGCGGCGAAAAUGCAAACAGCUUUUUAUAUACCGAUGAAGAUCUUCGUGAAUCCUUUGAUAGGAUUGAAACAAUUGAUUACCAUUCCACCGUUGAAGUUGAUGGUGUUAAGUUUACUGCAUAUCAUGCCGGUCAUGUUUUAGGUGCCGCAAUGUUUUUUAUUGAAAUGGGCGGCUUGAAAAUCCUAUUCACAGGAGACUACUCGCGUGAAGAAGACAGACAUUUGAGCUCGGCAGAAGUGCCUCAUAAAAGACCAGAUUUGCUAAUCACGGAGUCCACUUUUGGUACUGCUACCCACAUUCCAAGAUUGGAACGUGAGCAUAAAUUGACGAAAAUGAUACAUUCCACAAUUCAGCAAGGUGGGCGAUGUUUGCUACCAGUGUUUGCUUUGGGAAGAGCCCAAGAAAUAUUGUUAAUUUUAGACGAGUAUUGGCAAGAACACAAAGAUUUACAGAAGUACCCAAUAUAUUAUGCAUCGGGAUUGGCCAAGAAGUGUAUGUCUGUGUAUGAAAGAUAUAUUUACAUGAUGAAUGAUCAUAUCAAAGCAAAAAUGGCUGAAACAAAUACGAACCCUUUUUUUUUCAAGUUUAUUAAAAACUUGGCAUCUAUGGAUCGGAUGAACGAUUCAAGCCCUUGUGUCUUGAUUGCGUCUCCUGGUAUGCUUCAAAGUGGAUUAUCUAGACGAGUCUUGGAAAAGUGGAGUCCAGAUCCGAGAAACUCGGUCAUUUUAACGGGUUAUUCUGUUGAUGGUACUAUGGCGAAAAAUAUUGUUCGUGAACCUUCAGAAAUCCCUUCUCUCGCCAACUCCGAAAACAUGAUCCCUAGAAGAAUCAGUGUCGAAGAGAUUUCAUUUGCCGCUCAUGUGGAUUUCGAGCAGAAUGCAGAGUUUAUAGAUUUGGUCAACCCUAAAACCAUUGUUUUAGUACACGGGGAUUCGAAUCCCAUGGGUAGACUAAAAUCUGCCCUUCUAUCCAAAUACCAGAAAUUGAGAUCAACUGAUAAGGAAAUCAAGAUAUAUAAUCCGAAAAAUAGUACUGUACUAUCUUUAGAGUUUAAAGCUCAGAAAGUUGCCAAGGUGGUCGGUCAGUUAGCAUCAGCUUUGCCUGACGAUGGAGAUCAGAUUAAAGGUAUUUUGGUCCAGAAAAAUUUUGACAUUAAUUUGCUCACAGUUGAUGAUGUCAGAGCAUUCACGACGUUGAGUACUACAAUAAUUACAUUGAAACAGUCUGUGCGUUGCAAUGCCAAUAGAAGCUUGGUUCACUGGCAGUUUUCACAAAUGUUUGGUUUCGUGAAAGUUUUGCUUGACUCGGAAGAUGUUUACGAAUUUGAAGUUAUGGAAUCGGUCAGGAUUAGACACAAUGACAAGACAUAUGUGGCUCAUGUGGAGUGGCAAUGUGGUAAUAUGGAAGACACUAUCGCAGACACUGCAGUGGCGAUACUCUUGUCAUGUGAUUCGUUGCCUGCAUCUGUCAAACUUACUUCCAAGAGCUGUUCACACAAUCAUUCAGUUCCCGAACAAGAACAUUUUGUCAAAGAAGUUUCCACCCAGGCAGAUGAGGAAAACAAAGUUUAUGUCAAAAAAGAACCAAACAGUGGAUCAGCAGAUACUACUGGUAUUACGAUCAAGGAGGAUCCCGACGCCAUUACGAUAAAAACUGAGAAGUUGUCAAGUCCUUCAUCUUUUCAAUCAGCUUCAAGUAGUGUCCGUCCAAUAUAUGUGGAGCAUUGUGACAUCGCACCACAAACUCGGCUGGCACGUAUUUCGCAGAUGUUAGAGAUACAGUUUGGGAAAGCAUUCGAGCACAAUGUAAAAGAAAGCUGUGGGAUAGUAAGAAUUGGAAAGAAUGAAGCUGUUAUAAAUUACGACGAUUUUUCCGUUGCCUGUAAGUCUGGUGUGCUUAAAGGUAGAAUUGAGGGCAUACUUUCUCGCAGUCUUGACUUGGUGUCGCCUUUGAGUCAAGAGUGAAAAGUUUUGGGCAAAAUUCUGCUAUUGUAUGUAAAAUAAAUGAUUAUGUAGACCUAUAACUCUUUUCUAAGUAAACUUAAUAUGUACAGAUAUUUUUAUCAUCCUACUAUGUAUUUCGAGAAUGGGUAUAGUGC